CACUGGUACAUUUAUGCAAGAGAACACAUCGAAAUCCCAAAACAAACCUCCAUUAUAUGCCAAUCAACAAUGAAGUUACAACUAGUUAUAUUAGUAGCGGUGGCUGCAACAGUGUACGCGAAAACAACCUACACCUACACUGACAAAUGGGAUCACAUCAAUGUCGACGAGAUAUUAGAAUCUCAGAGGCUACUCAGAGGAUACGUUGACUGUCUUCUUGAUAAAGGUCGUUGCACUCCGGACGGGAAGGCUUUGAAAGAAACGAUACCUGAUGCAUUAGAAUUGGAUUGCUCCAAAUGCACAGAGAAACAGAAAACCGGCUCAGAUAAAGUUAUACGUUUCUUAGUAAACAAACGUCCUGAUCUUUGGAAAGAACUUAAAGUGAGGUAUGAUCCUAACAGCAUAUAUGAACAAAGGUACAAGGACAGAUUGGACACAAUAAGAGCAUAAAUAUAACUAUUGUAUAAACUUAUUAGAUGCAUAUAGGAGGGAACACAUUAAUGAUAAAACGCCACAUGAUAUUGAAUACUGUGAUGAAAAUUAGGCAUAUAUUGGUUAAAUAAAAG